AUGGGUGAGAAAAUUAUGUAUGAUACCAUUUUUGCUAGAAGCUUUAGCCGAUAUGACCAAAAGAAGUUAGGAUAUGGAGCAUUUCUUGGUUGUUUUCUUAUUGCAUUGAGCUUCUGUAUCGUCUUCAAGCCUGAUGCUGGUGUCAAGAUGUUAAGGAUAACGACAGCAUCGGACUCCGAUAAUCCGAGGGCCCAUGAUACGAGCAGUUCGAUGGGAAUGAUUGCGAAUGAAUCCAACAGUUUCGAGAUCGAGAUGGUGGUGGAAAGUGAGACAAGCAGCACCAAGGACACCAUCAGCAGGUCUAACUCUAAGACCCCAUUAGUGAAGCCAAUUUGCCAUGUGGAGGAAAGAACAGAAUAUUGUGAGACGAAUGGAGAUAUAAGGGUUGACGGAAAAUCCUCUACAGUUUUCAUGACAUCUGGUUCUUCAAACAGCUCGUGGAAGAUCAGUCCUUAUGCUCGAAGAGGAGACGAAGCGGCAUUGAUUCGUGUUACGAAAUGGUCGAUAAAAGCAGGGGCGGAUGCCGGACUUCAAUGCGGUAAAAACCACAGUGUUCCGGGCAUCAUGUUCUCGCUAGGAGGAUAUGCAGGGAACAAUUUCCAUGACUACACAGACAUCGUUCUUCCUCUAAUUUUAACUUCAAAACAAUUCGAUGGAGAAGUAAAGUUUCUCGUCACUGACAAUAAUCCAUGGUGGACCGAUAAGUUCCGACAUGUAUUACGGAACCUUUCUCGAUACGAGUUGAUCGACAUCGAUAAAGAAGUCGUCGUUCAUUGUUUCACAAGUGUGAUCGUUGGCCUUAAGCGUUACCCUAAAGAGCUGAACAUUGAUCCUAUGAAAUCAUCUUAUUCCAUGAAAGAAUUCAGGCAGUUCUUGAGAAGUGCUUAUUCAUUAUCAAAAGAAAACGCCAUCAAAAUCAGGGAUAAUACUAACAGUGAUGGAAAGGAAAGACCUCGUCUCCUCAUUCUUUCGAGAAAGAGAACCCGAGCAUUUAUGAACACGUACGCCAUCGCCGGAAUGGCGAGAUCACUAGGCUACGAAGUAGUAGUCGACGAGGCAAAUUCGAACGUAACAAGAGUAGCGAAAACGGUGAAUUCUUGUGACGUAAUGAUGGGAGUCCAUGGAGCUGGUUUGACCAACAUGGUUUUCCUGCCGGAGAACGCGAUUGUGAUACAAGUCGUUCCGAUCGGGGGGUUUGAAUGGCUGGCGAAAACCGACUUCGGAGAGCCAUCCAAGGACAUGAAAUUAAGGUACUUAGACUACAAGAUUAAGACAGAAGAGAGUACAUUGAUACAACAAUAUCCACCGGAUCAUGAGGUUUUCAACAAUCCAUAUGCCAUACAGGACCGGAGCUGGUAUGAAUUCAAGUCUAUAUAUUUGGAGAAGCAGAAUGUGAAGGUGGAUGUUACUAGGUUUAAAGGCACUUUGUUAAGAGCUCUUGAGCUCUUACAUGAGUAAAUAUUUG